AUGGGCGGCAGAUCAGUUGCACUCGAGCCGAUUGCUCCUUGGAGAGGCGUUUAUUCUUCGCUUGGUUCAUCAACUCUCCCUGCUGCCCCUUGUGUUCUUCCAUAUGCCCUUACGGAUUCCAGCUCUGUCGUCAAAGCGUCGAUCUGCUCGUCAGAUGCCGAAUGCAGCGCGGUGAGCAUCUCCUUAAACUCCAUCAAGGUGGAUUGCUUUGUUCUUGUCAGUAAGCCAUAUGUAUUCAUUCUGACCAGUGGGUUCGCCUCGAUGUCAAUGGUCGGUCGCUCCGUUGGACGGAUUUGUGUUGUUUCAUCACUAUCUUUUCGGAUCUCGCGUAAGUAG